GGGAAAAAGAAGGGCCGGACGGCGUCAGCAGCCAGCCCAUCGGUGGGGACCGGCAGAUUUGUGCAGAAUUUCUCCAUCUUUCCUCCUGAACUUCCUGUCAGGAUGUUUUUCUCUGGCGGGCAGUGUGGCCAUGUUGGCAGACCUGAAGAACUUUUACUGAUGUUCAAGAUAUUCCUUGUCAUUCAUCUUCAUGUUGUUUUGGCUACAUCCCUGGAAGACAAUGCUGGUAAUUCCAGUUUGUUACCACCUUCUGCUGACUCUCCUAUUGGUUUUGUCCCAUACUACAAUGAGGUUGAAACUACAAGCCUAAAUGAUGUUACUUCAACCAUGUUAUCUACUUUAAACAAGACAGAAAAAACUAAAAUCACUAUAGUAAAAACCUUCAAUGCAUCAGAAGUCAAACCCCAGAGAAAUAUCUGCAAUUUGUCAUCUAUUUGCAAUGACUCAGCAUUUUUCCGAGGUGAGAUAAUGUUUCAACAUGAUGAAGAAAGCAAUGUUACCCAGAAUCCAAAUAUGGCUAAUGGCACCUUGACUGGAGUCCUGUCUCUAAGUGAAUUGAAACGAACAGAGCUCAACAAAACCCUGCAAACCCUAAGUGAGACUUAUUUUAUAGUUUGUGCCACAGCAGAAGCUCAAAGCACACUAAAUUGUACAUUCACAAUAAAACUGAAUAAUACAAGGAACAUAUGUGCCGUAAUGAUGGCUUUGAAAAGUGUAAAGAUUCACCCGAUGGAACAGUGCUGCUGUUCUGUCAGAAUACCCUGCCCUUCCUCCCCAGAAGAAUUAGAAAAACUGCAAUGUGACUUGCAGGAUCCAAUUACGUGUCUCGCUGGUGGUUAUUCACAUGGCCCAUCUUCCAGCAAUUCUAUCCCAGUUGCUCCUCAGGCCACAGCUAUUUCCCAGGUCUCCAGUGUCUUCUCUUUAGCUGUGCCUCUAAAUCAACCAGCUGUCAUCUCCCAGAGCCCAACAGGGGUGAUUCACCUUCCUUCUGUCCAGUCUUCAACUCCCAUAGCUUCUAGUCCUACCAUUGAUAAACUCCCCCAAUCUAGAACUAUCUCAACCCCUAGUCCCCAAACUGAUCUUCCCCACACCCUGUUACCUGGGAAAUCCUCACUUCCCAUUCCCACCACGUCUGCCCUGGUGAAUGUCAUCAUGACCAGCACACCUCCUGACAAGACAGAAACUGUUCAUACCAGCAGCAUCACUGUUUCUGACCUUGAGAGCCAAGUGUCUCAGAUGGAGAAAACUCUGUCCUUAGGCAGCUUGGAGCCUAACCUCGCAGAAGAAAUGAUAAAUCAAGUCAGCAAACUCCUCCAUUCCCCACCUGCCUUGCUGGCCCCUCUGGCCCAAAGAUUGCUAAAAGUAGUGGAUGGCAUUGGUUUACAGCUGAAUUUUUCAACCAAGACCAUAAGUCUAACCUCCCCUUCUUUGGCUCUGGCCGUGAUCAGAGUGAAUUCCAGUAAUUUCAACACAACUACCUUUGCUGCUCAAGACCCUACAAAUCUUCAGGUUUCUCUGGAAACUGAGGCUCCUGAGAAUAGUAUUGGCGUUAUUUCUCUGCCCUCAUCACUGAUGAGUAAUUUACCAGCUCAUGAUGUAGAGCUAGCUUCCAGGGUUCAGUUCAACUUUUUUGAAACACCUGCCCUGUUUCAGGACCCUUCUCUGGAGAACCUCUCUCUGAUCAGCUAUGUCAUAUCAUCAAGUGUUGCGAACCUGACUGUCAAGAACUUGACAAGAAACGUGACAGUUACAUUAAAGCACAUCGACCAAAGCCAGGAUGACUUAACAGUAAGAUGCGUAUUUUGGGACUUGAGCAGAAAUGGUGGAAGAGGAGGCUGGUCAUCCAAUGGCUGCUCCGUCAAAGACAGGAGGCCUAAUGAAACCAUCUGUAGCUGCAGCCACCUUACAAGCUUUGGAGUCCUACUGGACCUAUCUCGAACAUCCUUGCCAGCGGCUCAAAUGAUGGCUCUCACGUUUAUCACAUAUAUUGGUUGUGGGCUUUCAUCAAUUUUUCUGUCAGUUACUCUUAUAACCUACAUAGCCUUUGAAAAGAUCCGGAGGGAUUACCCUUCCAAAAUUCUUAUCCAGCUUUGUGCAGCUCUUCUCCUGCUGAACCUGGUUUUCCUCCUGGACUCAUGGGUUGCUCUGUAUGACACACGAGGCCUCUGCAUCUCGGCAGCUGUAUUUUUGCAUUAUUUUCUCUUGGUCUCAUUUACAUGGAUGGGCCUAGAAGCAUUCCAUAUGUAUCUGGCCCUUGUCAAAGUGUUUAAUACUUACAUCCGAAAAUACAUCCUUAAAUUCUGCAUCAUCGGUUGGGGAGUACCAGCCGUGAUUGUGACCAUUGUCCUGACUAUAUCCCCAGAUAACUAUGGGCUUGGAUCCUAUGGGAAAUUCCCUAGUGGCUCAUCUGAUGACUUUUGCUGGAUCAACAGCAAUGCUGUAUUCUAUAUUACAGUUGUGGGAUAUUUCUGUGUAAUAUUUCUGCUGAAUGUCAGCAUGUUCAUUGUGGUCCUGAUCCAACUCUGUCGAAUUAAAAAGAAGAAGCAACUGGGAGCCCAGCGAAAAACCAGUAUUCAAGACCUGCGGAGUGUUGCUGGCCUUACAUUUUUACUGGGAAUUACUUGGGGUUUUGCCUUCUUUGCCUGGGGACCAGUUAAUGUCACCUUCAUGUAUCUAUUUGCCAUAUUUAACACUUUACAAGGGUUUUUCAUAUUCAUCUUUUACUGUGUAGCAAAAGAGAAUGUCAGAAAGCAAUGGAGGAGGUAUCUUUGUUGUGGAAAGUUACGGCUGGCUGAAAAUUCUGACUGGAGUAAAACUGCUACUAAUGGUUUAAAGAAGCAGACUGUAAACCAAGGAGUGUCCAGCUCUUCAAAUUCCCUACAGUCAAACAGUAACUCCACCCACUCCACCACACUGCUAGUGAAUAAUGAUUGCUCAGGACUUGUGAGCGGGAAUGGGAAUGCUCCUACAGAGAAGAAUGGUGUUUCUUUCAGUGUGCAGAAUGGAGAUGUGUGCCUUCAUGACUUCACUGGAAAACAGCACAUGUUUAAUGAGAAAGAAGAUUCCUGUAAUGGUAAAAGUCGUAUCGCUCUCAGAAGGACUUCAAAACGAGGAAGCUUACACUUUAUUGAGCAAAUGUGAUUCCUUUCUCCGAAAUCAAAGCAUGAUGCUUGAUAGUGUGAAAAUGUCCAUUUUUACCUUUUCCACAAUGUGAGAUGUAUGAAAAUCAACUAAUUUUAUACUCAGCAACUUCUGGAGGAGCAUAAGCUAAUUGAGGGCAGUGGUUACAAUUGGAAGAGAAAGCCAAGACAUUUUGAGACAUUUGCAACUUGGUUUCUUAUCCUUCAUUUUAAAAGAAGAUUGGUUUUAAACAACUUACUAAAGAUUCGUUUAAAGAAAAUAUAAGUAGUUCACUUCCAGCCACAUUUUACUAGUAAAGAGGUUAAGUUAUGUUGUCUUUGAUAACAUUAUAUAAAGCAACUGUUGACUUCAGCCAGUUGGUGAGUUUAAUUGUGCAUGCCUUUGUUGUAAAUAAGCUAAAUUCUAGUGACCCACACAUCAGCAAUCUUACUUCUACAUUUUUUGUAUUUAUUUUCUAGUGUGUAAAUUUAUUUCUUUGUAGAAUCAUGGUUGUGUUGUUGUGUCAAAUGUGAUAAGAUAACUCAAAAAAUUUCUUGCUCAUUCACUGAGUUGUAAAACUCCUUUUGGAGAUUACAUGGGAUGUGAAAUACAGAACUUCAUUCAAAUCAAAAAAUAAUGAUGCCAGCCAAACUGGGAAACAAAUGUAAACAGAUGGUGCCACAAUUAGCUUAUACAGUGCCUUUGAGCAAGUUAAAAAAAAAAAAGGUACCCCA